ACUUCCUGUAGGGACUGAAAACCAAGUGAGGAGAUGAAGGAUUGCACCAUACUACACCAGAGAAUACAGAGAGGAUAGACACCACAGAUAGAUCCUGACCAUCACCCAAAGAACAACUGCACAGCUGUGGGAAGACAUCCAGUUCCUUCACAGCCUUGCUCAUCACAGAGAAUGUUGGACAGUGAAACCAUCACCUGGAAAUUGGUUGGGUCAGGGGGGCUUUGACAUAUCAUCAGAUCUGAAACUGGUCAGUGGUGUGGAACCUUCUGUCAGAACCAACCUUUUCGAAGGUUCGGCUGUGGGCAAUCGGUCAGGGUGAGGUUGGGAAGAAGUGUGAGCGGCUCCCAAGUGUGCUGAGAACCUCAAUCAUUCAUCGAACCUUAUGAACCACACUCAUUCCUACAGGUGAGAGGCUGUCCAAGUGUGAGGUGUGUGAGGAGGGCUCCACAGGCUCAAAGGUUCUCCCAACACACAGGGUGCAUCUGUAUGAACCUCUGUUAACACAAGAGCAGCAAUAUGGAAGAGAAACGAUUCAAAUGUGAGGUCUGUGAUAAAGCUUUUGCGAAACCUUCAAGCUUUCUAAUACACCAGAGGAUUCACACGGGGGAGAAACCCUUCGGGUGUGAGGUGUGUGUUGCGGCUUUCACCAGUUCCUCCAAGCUCCUGAGACACCAGAGGAUUCACACUGGAGAGAAGCCAUUUACAUGUGAGGUGUGCAAUAAAUCAUUCUCACAGUCAUCGGACCUCCGAGUCCACCAACGCACCCACACAGGGGAGAGGCCAUUCACGUGCAAAGUCUGUGAUGAAUCAUUCACACAGUCAUCGACCCUCCGUGUGCACCAACGCACUCACACAGGGGAGAAACCUUUCACAUGCAAGGUGUGUGACAAAUCAUUCCCGCAGUCAUCAGCCCUCCAGAGACACCGACACAUUCACACUGGGGAGAAGCCAUUCACAUGUGAGGUGUGUGACAAAUCAUUCACACAGUCAUCGGAUCUCCGUGUCCACCAACUCACUCACACAGGAGAGAGGUGGUUCACGUGUGAGGUAUGUAAUGAAUCGUUCACUUGGUUAUCGAGCCUCCAUGUCCACCAACGCACUCACACAGGGGAGAGGCCUUUCACAUGUGUAGUGUGUGACAAAUCAUUCACGCAGUCAUCGACCCUCCAUGUCCACCAGUGCAUUCACACAGGGGAGAGACUAUUCCCAUGCGAGGUGUGCAACAAAUCAUUCACUCAGUCAUCAAACCUCCGUGUGCACCAACGCAUUCACACAGGGGAGAGACCAUUUACAUGCGACGUGUGUGACGAAUCCUUCUCGCGGUCAUCGACUCUCCGUGUUCACCAACGCAUUCAUACAGGGGAGAAACCAUUCAAGUGUGAGGUGUGCAAUAAAUCAUUCACACAGUCAUCGAACCUCCGUGUUCACCAACGCAUUCACACGGAAAAAACUGGUCAAGUGUGACGUGUGCAACAAAUCCUUCUCAUGGUCUGAGAAUCUGUGUAUGCCAACACAUUUACCAAAGCUCCUGGUCCAUCAGAGCAUCCAUGCAGGGGAGAAGGUUUUCGAGUUUGAGGUGUGUGAGAUAUCAUUGUCAGAUGGAUGGCACCUCUGCGCAUACUAACGCAUUCACAUGGGUAGAAACCAUUCACGUGUGUAACAAAUCAUUCUUGCAGAACAUCAGCCCUCUGUACACCAAUGUGUUCACACUGGUGAGAAACUAUUCACAUGUGAGCUGUGUGACAAAUCAUUCCCCUGGUCAUGGACCCUCCUCAAACACCAGCGCAGUCACACAGGGGAGAAACCGUUUGCAUAUGAGUUGUGCAACAAAUCUUUCUCACGAUCCUUGAACAUUCGCACAUACCAACGCAUUCACACAGGGGAGAAGCCUUUAGGAUACCAGGUGUGUCAGAAAUUAUUCUCGGAGUCAUUGAACCUUCGUGUAAAUCUACGCAUCCAUACAGGGGAGAAACCGUUCACAUGCAAGAAUUGUGACAAAGCCUUCACACAGUUAGCUUCCUGGUCCAUCAGGUAAUCCACACAUGGGAGAAACCCUUCAAGUGUGAAGUUAGUGAUUAAGCUUUUGCGACAUCUACGAGACUUUUGAUGCCCAAGCAAAUUCACAUAGAUGAAAAACCCUUCAGGUGUGAGGUGUGUCAUAAGGGCUUUGCACGAACAUUGGAGCUGGUGAGACACCAACACCUUCACACAGGGAAGAAGCUGUUCACAUGUGAGAUUGUGAAAAAGCCUUCACACAGUUAUUGAGCCUCUUGCAACAUCAGAUAAUCCACACGAGGGAGUAACACUUCAAAUGUGAGGUUUACGAUAACGCUUUUGUGCAUCUUCACUAUCUUUGGAAGCCAGAGGAUUCACCCAGAGGAGAAACUCUUCAGGUGUGAGAUGUAUGACAAAGCUUUCACACAGUCAGCCUAUCUCCUGGCUCAUCAACACACUCACACAGGGGAGAAACCCUAUCAGUGUGAGAUCUGUAUUAAAGCCUUCACACAGUUGUCAGACCUCCUGGAACAUCAGUGAACCCACAUGGGAGACAAUCCUUCCAGUGUGACAGAAUUGUUUCACCUACUCCUCCUCUCUCACCACACACCGACAUCUCAACAUAGACCUGGAGCCGGGUCACCUGCUUCUGUUACACUGAGAGUUGUCUGUGUUGUUUAUCCUCCAGUGCUCACACAGGGGAGAUGUUGUUCCAAAGCACUGUCUGUCUCAGCAGUGUCUGUCUCAAACCUCUCCCACCAUCAGCCCAAUCAUUUCAAGAAGGAUAAUUUAACCUUUGACCAGAUCACCAAACAUCACCAAAAGAAGACAUCAAUAUGUAUAGUAGCUCCUGUAUAAACUCAGCAUCCUUACAGUACAGCAUCAGGUACAAGUCACUCACUGACUCUCACUCUGACCAAGAAGGCAAUCAGAUACUCAGUGGUUAGAAAGGCUUCAGCUUCUAAUCUACCAGCACAAGCUCCCAGGGGAGGAGCCAUUCCUGGGAUAGUAAUGGAGGGACUUCAAUUAGUCUCAGCAUCUCUGGUCUAUGGAGGAGGAGAAUCAGCCAGGAAUCCCGUUCCUCAUCGGUGACCCCGGCUGGGAAGUCAGGGGGAGGGCAGGAUGUGUCUCGGCUGUGACAGUCUCCAUUGUCUCACAACAUUCACUGUCUGGGUCUACACAUGCUGAAUGGCCACUAGAACAGAGCACUAGAGGCCAAUCAAUGUCCACAGUCUGUACUCCAGGUCAGUACCUUGAGGAUUGGAGGGAAUGUGAGAUGGGAAAGAGAGCAUCAACCCUUCAACAACAACUUGCAUUUAUACAGCGCCUUUAAUGUAGUAAAAUGUCCCAAGGUGUUUCAUACAGACAUAAUCAGAGAAAAAUUAACACCGAGACAAAGAAGCAGAUAUUAGGAUCAGAGGUCACCAUGUCUGGCCUAAAUUAGGCUGUGAGGUCAGAAGCUUAGCUGAAUUUUUUUUGCAUUCAUGGGAUGUGGGCAUCACUGGCCAGGCCAGAAUUUAUUACCCAUCCCUUGUUCAGAGGGCUUUAAGAGUCAACCACAUUACUGUGGAUCUGGAGUCACAUGUAGGCCAGAUCA